AUGUCGAACCCAGAUGGAGGGAAUUCAAGCAGCCAGCAAGAUGCCUCUAAUAUGCGAUGGCAAUUUAUCGAUGCCUCCGACAACCGCCGAAGCAACUUGACGCAGGUGAAGCGACAUGUGAUGCAAGAGUAUAUGCGCCAAAAGAAGGGUGGUUCUCGUCAAAGUGAGAGCGAAGAAGAAAUUAGUCGACCACCGCCUAAACGCGGACGUCCAAGGAAGGACCGAGCAGGAAAACACAAAUCCAGGAAUGCUAGAAACGAUGACCAAACUGCUUCAAGCGCAUCGACAAUUGAGCCAGGACCUCUAUCUGCAGAGGAGUAUGCGCCAGAAGACGUCGAAAACAUACAGGGCUGGUAUCUCGGAAAGCCCAUAUUAUCACAUCCGCACAAUGUGUCCUUCACUCUUCCUUUUCGAGACCCAAUGCCCGAAACACAAGGAAAUCCUUUUCUACCAAAUUUUGUCCAUGUCGAUCCACGGAAUCCAGCGAGUUUUCACAGCCUCUCAUCGGGCUCUUCGGCGUUAUCAACUCCGUGGGAAGUUGCGCGAUCACCACGAACUAUUAUGAGCGCUGCCAGGACAGAUCCAUUUAAUUCGCUUCCCUUGGAGCUCGACCUAGACGGCCAAAGGCUUUUCGAUUUUUAUGUGAACGAUAUGCCUGCGUGCUCUUACGGAUCACAUUUUCGGUCUCCAAAGGCCCAUAAUUGGUAUACUUCGGUCUUUGUUCCCGAAGGAAUGAAAGGCGCUGUUGCAUUCCAGAACACUAUACUCGUCCACGCGGCAAAUACCUGGGCUUGGGUCCGCAAUGAGGCCGAAACCACAGAUACACUCCUUCAUCGAGAUCGCGCUGUCAGCAUGCUUCGUGAGCAUUUAACUAAGAAUCCUCGAGACAACUCUGACGUUGCAAUUAUAUCUUGCUUGAGUGCCGCUGCUCUGGAAGACUUCGACCCACGACCGGGACACAAAGAAAUCAGUUGGGUGCAUAUGCGUGCAGCGCGCGAAAUGAUUCGGAGUCGCGGCGGGCCCGCUGCCUUUGCUCAUACCCGUCUUGGAAUGUUGAUCAAUUGGCAAGAUUACAUUCUAUCGGGAUAUGAAACACAUGGGCCCAGCUUUUCUUUUGAGCACCCUCCACCCAUCACAACCUUAUCACCAGAUCCCACACCAGCUCAGCCUUCUGACAACAUCGCCUCUAUGCCCUCUCCGCCAUCUUCCACCUCUUCCGCCCUAUCCGAAACAUCGCCCUGUGUGGAACCUCCUUCUAACUCCCGGCAAAUAUCUACCACAUACCCCAUGGAUGAAAUCCGUCUUCAUUGCGAAGAAUUCCUCGACUUCCUCCGACGUUGCGAGCAGCUCGCCCUCUACCAAAAAGAUAAUCCAGAAUCCUGUGAUGCAUCCCGGCAUACAGCUGUGUCAGGGACAUCCCAGCUAUUCCAAAUUCUAGCUGCUCCUCCUGGCUCCCGAUUCACAUCCUCCGGGGAUCGCAAGCAAAUGGUCGCCCGCCUAACUGCGCUCAUGAUGCUGAACGCUGCUUUCUGGGACUACCGAUACACACCCCUUCAUGCAGGGAACUUCCUCAGAACACUAGACCAAGCACUUAUUGAUAGUGAAGUUAGCAUGAGUGGCUCGGUCGAAGCUAUCCUCCAGAUCCUCCUUGCAUGUAACGACGGCUAUACACCAGAAUGGGUGACUCGUCCCGAUGGCACCAUCUCCCCUGCGGCAUCGGAGUUAACCCCGGAUUUUACUCAAUACUCCCCCACCGCUACAUCUCCUUCGGCACGGCCUUGGUUUGCGGGUCGAAUGCUAAAGAUCGCUAAGCGAUUAAGUGCAGACUCGUGGUAUCGAAUUAAUGAUUUCCUUUUUUCGUGUUUCACUAUGACUUUAUUGGAGCCAGUUGCAUAUAUUUGGGAAACUGAUUUGCGUCGAGAGAUUCUUGAGGCGCCUUUAACGAGCUAUGUUAUGCCAUCUCUGAUGUAA